AUGAAUCCACCAAACCAACCACCAGCGCCUCAUAGUGCGAGUAACGGUUUUGAUACAUCGAUAAACCCAACACCUCCAACGUUUUUGGACUCUGGGUUGCCACAACAGACCACUGCACCAUUUACAGUGGCUGUCAAUUCAGUCCAAGUACAACCAAGACAACCCCACAGUGGCUUGAUCGACUACCGGACUUGGCUGAAUACACAACCUACACAAGUAGUUCAUCGGCCAAAUGUUCUACCCGUACCAACAAAGCCGAAACGGGUUAGAACCGGAUUUACUACUCAACAACUGAUUGUUCUAGAGAAACAGUACUCGAAGGUUCCGUACUUACCCCGAUCUCAACGAAUAGAGCUGGCAGAGACACUGCAGCUAACUGAACGCACCAUCAAAAUAUGGUUUCAAAAUCGACGCAUGAAAGCAAAGAAGGAGAAACUUGAAGGUUCUGAAGACAUUCUAGAGAUGAUGUUUUCACAAUGGUUGCCACAUCAGAGUGCAGCUGUGUCAGUCCCAGUGACUGCGCCAAAUCAGCACAUCUGGCACAACGGACAGCCGACCGGAUGGACAGCAGUGAGACCCCAGGGUCUGCCAGCCACGUAUAGGAAGCCUAAACGCGUAAGAACGGCGUUUACAACGGAUCAACUGUUGGCGCUAGAACAUGAGUUUAAGUUGACUCCUUUUUUGGCUCGACCUAGACGUUUGCAGUUAGCAGACGUGUUGCAACUAAAUGAGAGAACCAUCAAAAUUUGGUUUCAAAAUCGGCGAAUGAAAGAAAAGAAAGACAGGGCAGAGAGCCAAAGCUCGUCUGGUUAUAGUUCUGAAAAUAAUGAGGGGCCAAUAAUGCACUACCCGGGCAUGGCCCCGAGUUACCCAGAAGUAACUACGCCGAUGGCUCCAAAUUUAAUGCCACAACAACCUCAAAAUUCCCAGUGCAUGUAUGGUUCUCAGCCCGGUAUUCCUCCGAGCAAUAUCCCGGAACAACCCUACCAAGCCGCAGUCCAAGCUCCUGCCCGAAUAGAACCACUUCUUCCACUACCGGAGCUGCCAGCUCCAAUUGUUCCCAGUGAGAUGAACAACUUUCAAUGGCCUGAUGAGGCUGAAGAUCAACAUAUAUUAACUCCGUUGUAA